AUGUUAGAACUACACCGAGCGGUAGCAGCAGCUGAAACCAAAGCUUCCUUAGUUGUGGCCAGUGAAAGAAUGAAGAUGGAGAGAUUGGUGGAAGAGGUCAAAGCUCAAGUUAAAAUGGAGGUCAUGGAGACGUUGAAUAAGCAGGAACGAUCAAAUGAGAACUGCUGGAACUGCGGUCGCGCGGCCAGCGAAACUUGUAGCGGCUGCAACAGGGCUCGAUACUGCGGCCCUUUUUGCCAGCACAAAGAUUGGGAGAACCACCACAAAGUCUGC